CAAAUCACAAAUAAAAUGAAAGGCAGCAGAAAGAAGAAGAAAAUCUUAUUAAAAAUGCAGAAACAGAAGGAAUCUGUUUGAGGGCGAAUAGUUUUUCGCAGCCCUGUCGAUAUCCCCGUCUCUCUCUGGCCAGCGCUAGUAACAUUCUGUUUCUUGGUGUUUGUACAUCUGCUCUGUGGGCACAGGCUUUACCUCACUUUUGGCGUUUUAUGCCACAAAUAUGCCUUUUCAUUUCAGAGACACCUUUGAGCUUUUAUCUCUUUAUAUUUGCACUCCUUUUUGUCACCAUUUAUGGGAGAAAAAAAUGCUAACUCUCUUUUUUUUUUCGACGACGAGGAUGUCGUUUUAAUUCGAAGUGCACAAGUUAGAGYGGCUCUGCUUGGCUCAGCACUGUAGGAGUCACUUAUGACCUUUUCAGCACAAACCAGGGAGCUUCUAGAGCUAAUGUAGGAAAAAGAAAAUAACAACCCAAAGCUGUUCGUUCACAUUUCCUCCGCUGUUGUCCACCUCCACUGGGCCCGGCACAUUUCCAGGACCAUUCUUUAGGACUUAAUCAUUGCUGGACACUUCCCCACAGGAUCUCAUUGUCUCCUCCCCGGGGGGGCUGUGUGUAUGAUGUUACGUAAGUUGCAGUUUUCGGUCCCCCAGGGUGGAGCUAACCUACAUCCUUAAGUGGUGGCGCUCAGCGAUCAGCCCAGAACUGGAAUAUGUGACUGUCCCUGUUAAAGACUGGGGAUGUGGACAGAAGCAAGAAUAUAAGACAUUCGCUCUCCUGAGGACAUCAGAAGAUCAGACGACUCGUCUUCGUAAGASCCUGAGGAUGACGUGGGACCACACCAACAUCCAGAGAGCUGCUGGGAUGGACGCGUCUCAGAGGAAAGUCCUGGUGUUUGUGUUGCUGCUGCUGCUGUCUCAGCUGGACUGUGAUGCACAGACUGUGUCUGAGUGCUGCAGACAGCCGCCUCGCUCCUGUCGCCUCCACGCCUUGCUGUGCCGCUCCGGCAGCAGGAGCACGGGGGGCACCGCUGUGGAGGACGCGGCCGCCGGGAUCCUCACUCUGGGGAAGCGGAACGAGGAGGAGUUUCGCCUGCAGAGCCGGCUGCACCAGCUGCUCCACGGCUCCAGGAACCAGGCAGCCGGGAUCCUGACCAUGGGGAGAAGGACCGCAGAGACGGCUGGGGAGCCGUGAAGGGACCGGUCAACGACACCCAGCCUGUUCACAACCAAAUAUGUUGAAUAGUUCUAGAAAAGAAAAAAAAAACAGAUUUGUGAGGUAUAACUGUGAAAAAUGCACAUAUUUUUAUCAUUUAAAAUAUCAUUUUAAGCCUGUGAAAGUUU